GACUUGUCUGGGUGACUGUUGAACUGAGACUAGGUGCUUUUGGGCUUUGUGUUAGUGAGUCCGUUUGGCUGUCGGGUGUCUGGGACACGGUGGAACUGGUCCCCUUUAACGUCCCCACCUGGGUUUUGUGUGGGGGGAACAGGCGUUAAAUUUUAUCACAGCGAAACGCUUCCCGCCGUGACCCUUGCUGAUAAGAUACUUUGGACUCGUUAUGCACCCUGAUUACUCAACACAUUUAGAUGGGAUUCUAUAUAUAACACCAUUCUCUGGUUGCAUACAGAUAAGAGACGCACAGCGUGUUCUGGGUGAAUUGCAGUCUUUACCUGUGAGAGGUGUCAUUGGAAGAGACUUGCCAUUUUCUGGCAGGUCUGUUGUGUGUUUCAAGGUCAAGUGGGUUCAGUUUGUUUUGGCAUAAAUAAAUGACUCAGCAGUUCAACAGCUGUUAUUACAGGAACAAUUUGAACAAAAAAAAAAAAAACUUUUAAGCCAAGUGCAGGUGUAGCCAACACAGGAGAGGCGUUUAUGUGCAUGGGUUUUUGUGGGUUACCACUGUUUCUGAUUCUGUAUUUAAAGUACUUAUUUCACAUGUAUCCGAACCCUAUCAGCCCUAUGUAAAAUUCUAAGUAUAUUAAGAGGGGCUAAUUUUUUUAGGAUUAUGUUUUCCCCUCUGAUAACACCAUAAUAUUAAUUCACAUAAGCAUGCGGCUCACUGACGCUAAUAAAUGUCACACAAACUGGUACUUUCAGCAGUGAGUUAUAAGUAAGUUUAUGAGUGUGUUCCGAAUAAAAAACAGAAGGCCCCUAAUGGAAUCAGAAAGGGAUCUUUGCUAGAGAUUUUCGUCACUGAAAUGAAAACUCUGCCAAAGUACUUGUAAUAUCCCAAAAUCGUGUGUCGUAAAAUGAAACGCAGCAAUAAUCUUGAGAAUACUCCACAGAACUGUGUGGUUUCCACAGAAGACCUCUCAGUGGAAGUGGAAGUCCGUGGACACGCCCCAUUCUUGUCCCAGUGACGUUACCGCGUAUGUUUACGUAAGGCUGGCGCUCCGGGUUCCUGGCGGAGAAGAUGGCGGCUCCUGGACCGGGGGAGUAUUUCAGCGUCGGGAGCCAUGUCUCCUGCCUCACCUGCUUGGGGCAGCGUCUGCAAGGCGAGGUCGUGGCUUUUGACUACCAGUCCAAGAUGUUGACUUUGAAAUGCGCCCCCUCCAGUGGGAAGCCCAACCUUCACGACGUCAUCCUGAUUAAUUUAGCCUACGUUUCAGAGGUGGAUAUAAUUAACGACCGCACUGAAACUCCGCCUCCUCUAGCGUCACUGAAUGUUAACAAGCUUGCCAAUCGCGCGCGGACGGAGAGAGAGGAUAAGCUGUCCCAAGCAUAUGCAAUUAGCGCCGGGGUGUCUGUGGAGGGCCAGCAGCUCUUUCAGACCAUACACAAAACCAUCAAAGACUGUAAAUGGCAGGAGAAGAACAUCAUCGUGAUGGAUGACGUCGUCAUCUCCCCGCCUUACCAGGUGGAGAACUGCAAAGGCAAAGAGGGAAGCGCUUUAAGUCAUGUACGCAAAAUAGUGGAGAAACACUUUAGGGACGUGGAGAGCCAGAAGGCACCGCGGCCAGCCGCACAGCAGACGCAGGACUCCGCCCUGUCCUCGUGAGCCCGCGGCGGGGCUGCCUCGGAGGACCCCGGAGGCGGGGCGUGUCCCUGGCCAGACGUGGCUCGCCGCUCCCCCCUGACGAGGCCACGAGGAGGGCCCGGAGCCUCAUGGGUCCAGGUGACCGAAAAAGAGGAAAAGAAAAGAAAAGAAAAAAAAAACAUAAAAAAAAACAAGAAAAUACCAUUCAUGAAAACACGAGGGAAAAGGUUCAACUCUCAACUCUUUUUUUUUUUUGUACAUUUUUUUUUUUUAAGGUCAUGUAAGGAGGGGAAAGAGGUGACCAUAAAGUUUACUCAACCCAGUUUUCUAUGACCUUUGACCCCCCCCCCCAACCCAGCCUUGCUUGAACUUUCAGCCCCCCCCCCCCCCCCCCCGCCACAACAUCCUUCUCUCUAUUCCAUUUCUCCAUGAAGAGAGAAAUAGAGUAGUCUGAAAACGCUGUUAGUUUUUUAAUUUUUUUUUAUUUUACCUUCAUCCUCUUUGCUGUAUCCAUGCUCCAUUACCGCCCGUAUUUUGAAUUGAGAACACCACACGCAUUCGGAGGACAUUUUCUAAAAUAAAAGUAACAAAAAGGUUCUGACUCUAAUACUGUAAUUUUAAAAGUUUUUUGGAAACGCGAAAAGGUUAUUUUUUUAGAACACUCAGCGAAAAAGGAUGCCAAUGUUGUUACGGUGUGCAAGGGAGAAAGAUUAGACAUCAUGAAAUUGCACUUUAAAAGGAAAAUGACAAGGAAUUAUUGCUGAUAUCCUGCGACGACUUCCUACAGGAAGGUGUAAGAAAAGUUGGGGUGGGGGGAGGGCGUGGGAAGUGCACCUUUCUCUGGGGAAAAGUCAUUUUUUGACAUCUCUUUAGGCAUUGUUUUCUUGAUUUGUGUAAUUUUAAUGCUUGAAUUUUAAUUCUGUCCUUGGUGAAGAAAAUGUGUUGGGUUUAAUUUGAACCUCUGCCAAAAAGAAAAACUCGCUGCAUUGGCAGUGACUGGAGGCGCGAGUAGCGUACUUUCCAUUCUCGGUGUGGCUUUGGUUUACACGGAGUAGUAUGCCAUGCCUACAAGUAUGCUGCUUCAGUGUAGUCCAAAGGUAAGGGGGCGAGCGAGCGAGCGGAAACGCGAUCGAAUGGGUUGGGAACAAUGACCGCAGAACCUGGCCGUCUGGUAUCUUUUUCCUCUCUUACACAAACGGUCCUUCUUUCUUCAUUACGAAUUUACCUCUUCUGUGAUGGGACCACUUUUUACUGAUGUAUUAGUAAACACAUUUUUAGUGUCGUUUUUAUUUUCUGCUCUUAAAUGCUUUGUAGUUUCGUUUCAUCACCGGUACACCAGGCGGGUGAAUUGUUUCCACUCACUCGAUGCAUUCCUGUUGACACAAAAAAAAAAGAGGCAAAACAACAAAUAUUCAUGUCUGUUCCGGAUUGUUCUGGGCAGGUAUCCCAUUCUGUAUAAUGGACACUCUGAUAUCCCUUUUUUUUCUUUUUCUUUUUUUCUUUUUUUUUCUGGCGGAGAAAAUGUACUUAACAUAAAAAAAUAUUUAUGUUUGAACCUUGUAGCCUAAUCGAGGCUUGGCCAGUGGGUUUAAGUUAUAUGUGACGCUACCACGUUAUUCCAGCAGCCGAGGUAUGACAACAAGACUGCUGUCGGUUACUUUCCCAAUUUCUUUUUUUUUUUUUUUUUAAAUAACAUGAAAAUAAAAAAUAAAAAACGA